CUUCACUCACUCCCACUCUCCCCCAUCUUUACCAUCAACCACGGCCGCCCACGGCUACUCACCGCAACCUACCGCAACCCGCUGCGGUCCACCUUCACUAAACGUAGAUUUACAACGCCAUCUACGCGCAAUAACAAUCUUGAAUUGGCUAAUACAACACAUUCACUUUCAUGAUGAACGGCAUCAAAGCCGACCCCGACAUCAAGAUGGACCCCGAUGCGGGUACCCCCUCCGGCAGCGGGUACAUGGAUGAUGAUUUCUACGAGGACACGGGCGAACUCCAGCUCCCAUCCAGAGGUGUCGACAAAGACGUCUGGUUAACGCGCAUCCCGAAGUGGCUGUUCGAGAAGGUGUCUAAAUGGGACGAUCUGGCCGACAAUGGGAACGACGACGAGCAGGUCGUGAUUGGGGAGAUCAUGCUGCUUCCAGACCCACAACGCCCAGGCGCUGCGAGCAAAACAGCGCCGAUGAGAGUGUUCCUGAGUGAUAAGUGGCAGGAGAAAGCCAAGGUGCCGCGUGCCUUUGAGCUGACGGGGACGAAUGCGUCCGCGGACCAAAUGGGGAAUACAUACAUAUUCACCGAAAAGGACCUCCCAGGGUACAGGCCAAACGGAUACGGUCAGGGCAAAAUGAGCGCUUCGGUAGGCUUUGGAAUACAAGACCCGAAAGCGAGGAUUCAGAAGCGCGGCAAGUAUCGCAAGGCAAUUCCAAAGCACACAGCACUCCUCGGCUCCUCAACCCGCGAAUACAUCGCAAACCCGAUCCACACCCCCGAGUUCAACGCCUUCGCCCGCGUCCGCGCCCGCCACGCCAUCCAAGGGGCUAACACAAAGACCAACAUCAUUGACGCUGUCGGCGACCACACAUCAAAUCAACACGUCCAGAAAAUGUUCAAGACCUUCAUCAAGCCCGCCACAGCCCCGAAGCCGCAAAUCAACAAGGCCGCUCGUAUCCCCAAGAACGAGCUCAUCGAUCUCCUGCAUUCCUGCUUCGACAGAUUUGCUUAUUGGCCUAUGAAGGCGUUGAAAAAGGAGACCAGGCAGCCGGAAGCCUACCUCAAGGAGGUGCUAACGGAUAUUGCGGAUCUUGUCAAAACUGGCACGUUUGCAAGUUGUUGGAGAAGGCAGGACAUGUACAACAAGAAUACUGCCCAACAAGUCUUGGACAAGCCGCCGGAGAUGGACGACGAUGUUGGUGGCGACGACGGAGACGAGGAGAUGGAGAUGGAAGACGUGGUUUGAUUCCAUCAUCACACCCACUUGCCCUCCUUGCUCCAUACUUUUUGUGAUAUUUCUUUUGCUGAUUUAUUGGGUAUUCAUAUAGGAAGUUGCAUUAGCGCGGCGUUCAGGGACGGGACAAAAGUCCUAUGGUCUGCUUCAAUGUUACGUGCCUAAAUGGUGUGGUGAUUUUUCUAGGCUUUUGGCCUGUAAAGCAUCCUUUAUGCAGGUGGCAAGAUAAUCAUUUGUCUGAGAGC